CUGAAUUGAAGGUGGGGGCGGGGAAAGCUGGAAGCUGUCAGUGGAGAGAGUCAGGCUCACGGUCCUGGCUAGAUUCGGAGCUGGAAAUUUCGGCGGAUCUAGCUAGCAGGCAAAGGGCAAUCCUAGCGGUCCAGGAGCGGCUUCUUUUAUAGAAGCACCCGAAAUGCAGGGUGUGGUACACUAAGCAGUAGCGGCAGCAGCAGCAACCACUGCGACAGGCCGGGGCCCUGUGUAGACGCUCCAUCCCCUUGUGUUUGUGUCCGCCUGCGUCCCCAGACACAGAGGCAGGUUAUCUUAGAAGACCUAGGACUUGGAAAUGUUUCCCCUGAAGGAUGCUGAAAUGGGUGCCUUUACUUUUUUUGCCUCGGCUCUGCCACAUGAUGUUUGUGGAAGCAAUGGGCUUCCUCUCACACCAAAUUCCAUCAAAAUUUUAGGGCGAUUUCAAAUCCUUAAGACCAUCACCCAUCCCAGACUUUGCCAAUAUGUGGAUAUUUCUAGGGGAAAGCAUGAAAGACUGGUGGUGGUAGCUGAACACUGUGAACGGAGUCUAGAAGACUUGCUUCGAGAGAGGAAACCUGUGAGCUAUUCAAAGGUUUUGUGCAUUGCAUUUGAGGUACUUCAAGGUCUGCAAUAUAUGAACAAACAUGGUAUAGUACACCGAGCACUGUCUCCUCAUAAUAUUCUUUUGGACCGAAAGGGACAUGUUAAAUUGGCUAAAUUUGGACUUUAUCACAUGACAGCUCAUGGUGAUGAUGUUGAUUUCCCAAUUGGGUAUCCAUCAUACUUGGCACCUGAGGUAAUUGCACAAGGAAUUUUCAAAACCACUGAUCAUGUGUCAAGUGAAAAACCAUUGCCUUCUGGCCCCAAAUCAGAUGUGUGGUCUCUUGGAAUCAUUUUAUUUGAGCUUUGUGUGGGAAGAAAAUUAUUUCAGAGCUUGGAUAUUUCUGAAAGACUAAAAUUUUUGCUUACAUUGGAUUGCGUAGAUGACACUAUAAUAGUUCUGGCUGAAGAGCAUGGUUGUCUGGACAUCAUAAAGGACCUUCCCGAAAAUGUGAUAAAUCUUUUGAAGAAGUGUCUCACCUUCCACCCUUCCAAGAGGCCAACUGCCAAUGACUUAAUGCAGGACAAGGUAUUUAGUGAAGUGUCACCUUUAUAUACUCCCUUUACCAAACCUGCCAGUCUGUUUUCAUCUUCUUUGAGAUGUGCUGAUUUGACUCUGCCUGAGGAUAUCAGUCAGCUAUGUAAAGAUAUAAACAGUGAUUACCUGGCAGAAAGAUCUAUUGAAGAAGUGUAUUACCUUUGGUGUUUAGCGGGAGGUGACUUGGAGAAAGAGCUUGUCAACAAGGAGAUCAUUCGGUCUAAACCACCUAUCUGCACACUCCCCAAUUUUCUCUUUGAAGAUGGUGAAAGCUUUGGACAAGGUCGAGACAGAAGCUCACUAUUAGAUGACACCACCGUGACAUUGUCCUUAUGCCAGCUAAGAAAUAGAUUAAAAGAUGUUGGUGGAGAAGCAUUUUACCCACUACUUGAAGAUGACCAGUCUAAUUUACCUCAUUCAAACAGCAAUAAUGAGUUGUCUGCAGCUGCCACUCUCCCUUUAAUCAUCCGAGAGAGGGACACAGAGUACCAACUAAACAGAAUCAUUCUCUUUGACAGGCUGCUAAAGGCUUAUCCGUAUAAAAAAAAUCAAAUCUGGAAAGAAGCAAGAGUUGACAUUCCUCCUCUUAUGAGAGGUUUAACCUGGGCUGCUCUUUUGGGAGUUGAGGGGGCUAUUCAUGCCAAGUAUGAUGCAAUUGAUAAAGAUACUCCAAUUCCUACAGAUAGACAAAUUGAAGUGGAUAUUCCUCGGUGUCAUCAGUAUGAUGAACUAUUAUCAUCACCAGAAGGUCAUGCAAAAUUUAGGCGUGUAUUAAAAGCCUGGGUUGUGUCUCAUCCUGAUCUUGUGUAUUGGCAAGGUCUUGAUUCACUUUGUGCUCCAUUCCUAUAUUUAAAUUUCAAUAAUGAAGCCUUGGCUUAUGCAUGUAUGUCUGCUUUUAUCCCCAAAUACCUGUAUAACUUCUUCUUGAAAGACAACUCACAUGUAAUACAAGAGUAUCUGACCGUGUUCUCACAGAUGAUUGCAUUCCAUGAUCCAGAGCUGAGCAAUCAUCUCAAUGAGAUUGGAUUUAUCCCAGAUCUCUAUGCUAUCCCUUGGUUUCUCACCAUGUUUACUCAUGUAUUUCCACUGCACAAAAUUUUCCAUCUCUGGGAUACCUUACUCCUUGGGAAUUCCUCUUUCCCAUUCUGUAUUGGAGUAGCAAUUCUCCAGCAGCUACGGGACCGGCUUUUGGCUAAUGGCUUUAAUGAGUGCAUUCUUCUCUUCUCUGAUUUACCAGAAAUUGACAUUGAACGCUGUGUGCGGGAAUCAAUCAACCUGUUCUGCUGGACUCCUAAAAGUGCUACUUACAGACAGCAUGCUCAACCUCCAAAGCCAGUUCCUGAUAGCAGUGGAGUCAGAAGUUCGACACCUUUUUUCUCCACUGAGUGUCCAGAUCCUCCAAAAACAGAUUUGUCAAGAGAAUCUAUCCCAUUAAAUGACCUAAAAUCAGAAGUAUCACCCCGGAUUUCAGCAGAGGACCUGAUUGACUUGUGUGAACUCACAGUGACAGGCCAUUUCAAAAUACCCCCCAAGAAGACAAAGUCCAGUAAACCAAAGCUCCUGGUAGUUGACAUCCGGAAUAGUGAAGAUUUUAUUCGGGGUCAUAUUUCAGGCAGCAUCAACAUUCCAUUUAGUGCUGCCUUCACUGCAGAAGGGGAGCUUACCCAGGGCCCUUUUACUGCUGUGCUCCAGAGCUUCAAAGGGAAGGUCAUUGUCAUCGUGGGGCAUGUGGCAAAGCACACAGCAGAGUUUGCAGCACAUCUUGUGAAGAUGAAAUAUCCAAGAAUCUGCAUUCUAGAUGGUGGCAUUAAUAAGAUCAAGCCAACAGGCCUUCUCACCAUCCCAUCUCCUCAAAUAUGAAGAACCAAGACUGUGACUAUGAAAAGGACAGAGUGAUAUCAGCUCCCAACUGCCCAACUCUUCAUGGCCUCGCUACUCGAAGACAGAGCUAGACUUCCAGAUUGUUGCAUUUCCAUAAAGUUUUAUCACAAAACAUUUUUUUAAAAUCUUAUAACUCACAUGUUCAGCUAUCUAGGCACAAACUUGACUGUACAUGUAUUGCUGAAAGAAUGUCCUUAACAGUGAAAUCUGAUCAUGUAUUUUUACCACAGUGCAACACAAAGCCAGAGGAAUUCAGCUGACAAGGCAGAUUUAGCAUUAUCAAGAAAUCUCAAUUGCACUGAAAAGUUGUCUCCAACUGCACUGACCAGACAGUCCUAACAAAGGUAUUGUUUAGAAACAUAGACUGAAUGGGAGUUGGAAUAAUCUUUCCAUGAUAGUGAAAAGUAAAAAGCUAUUUGCAAUAUAUUCCUUAUAAGUAAAUGCUCUUUUUGGCAAC